CUCUCCUGACCGCCUAUACCCUGAGUUACUGGGGCUUUUAGACGACUAGGGAGGCCCAGGCUUGUCGACCCCAGUAACCCUCGCCGAGCCUAGGGUGUCACUUCAGGUAGCGGGAAAAAGCGUCUCCUUUUUGCUCGAUAUGGGGGCUACCUACUCUGUACUUCCCUCCUUCCAAGGCCAGACCAUACUUUCCCAGGUCUCUGUUAUGGGAAUCGAUGGAGCUGCACACACCCCACGCCAAACCCCACCGCUCACUUGUAUGUACAACUCAGUCCCAUUCAGCCACUCUUUCCUCAUUAUCCCCUCUUGCCCUGUGCCUCUGUUGGGACAAGACAUCCUAACAAAACUCAAAGCCCACAUCACUUUCCCCAUCUCUCCCCAACACCUCCUGUUGGUUGCUCACCACCUCGACUCCGACUUAGACUAUGCUUCCCCAGGCAUUCUCCUCCCCAAAGUACACCCUAAGGUAUGGGAAACGGAUACACCUGUAGUAGCCACACACCACAAGCCAGUCAAGAUUUGCCUCCAGGAACACUCCUCCCGAUUUCUUUGUCGACCUCAGUUUCCUAUUUCCAAGAAACACCGCCUAGGACUUCGCCCUAUCAUUGAGAGGCUAAAAAGUCGCGGCCUCCUAGUACCCACCAAUUCCCCAUGUAACACUCCCAUCCUCCCAGUUCGGAAACCCUCAGGAGAAUACCACCUUGUCCAAGACCUCCAACUAGUCAAUGCUGCAGUAGUCCCUAUACAUCCUGUAGUCCCAAACCUGUACACCAUACUCUCCAGAAUUCCCUCCGAUACUACCUUCUUCUCAGUCCUUGACCUCAAGGACGCCUUUUUCACCAUUCCCUUACACCCAGAUUCCUAUUUCAUCUUCGCCUUCACCUGGGAAGACCCACUUACUGACAACUCCUGUCAGCUCACCUGGACAUUUCUUCCCCAGGGUUUCAGGGAUAGCCCUCACCUGUUCGGUCAGGCCCUGGCAACAGACCUUCUAGGCUGCCGCCUAGCCCCAUCUAUUGUUCUUCAGUAUGUUGAUGACCUACUUGUCUGUUCCCCCAGCCAGGAAGAGUGCACCCGAGCCACUACUGUUCUGCUCAACUUUUUAGGAGACAAAGGGUAUAGAGUUUCAAGAAAGAAGGCCCAACUUGUUACCUCAUCAGUCAUUUACUUGGGCCUACAGCUUUCCCCGGGAAAGAAAUCCAUUAUCCCCGAUCGACUGCAGGCCCUGAAAGCCCUCCAACCCCCGCAGUCUGCCACUGAAAUACUCUCCUUUCUAGGGGUAGUGGGAUUCUUCCGGCAUUGGGUGCCCAACUUUGCCCUUCUGGCCAAGCCACUUUACCAAGCAGCCGCAGAUACUCCUGAAGGCCCACUUACUUCACAGGGAACAGUGACUCGAGCCUUCCAUGUGCUCCUACAAGCACUAUGUGCUUCAACCUUUCUUGCUCUACCCAAUCCCAAUCUUCCUUUUCACUUGUAUACGGAUGAGAAAGCCCACAUCGCAGUAGGAGUCCUGGCUCAACCAGUCGGUAGCGCCCUCCUUCCUCUAGCAUACCCCUCCAAGCAGCUCAGCCCCACAGAAAAAGGGUGGCCCCCUUGCCUUCGAGCCUUGGCAGCGGCCGUUACGCUUACAACAGAAGCUCUUAAGAUCAACCUCCAACAACCUCUCAAAGUAUUCUCCCCCCACAGAUUGCAGGAACUCGUGUCUAGUCAGGCCUUACCACACCUUGGGAGAUCCAAGAUACAGCUCCUGCACCUUCUAUUCCUGGAAAAUCCGGAUGUCUCCCUCUCUCACUGUUCUGCUCUUAAUCCAGCCACCCUCUUUCCUUCUCCCACUGCCCCAAUACUAGACCACCAAUGUCUUGAAGUCAUUGUUGAAACUCAGUCUCCAUGGCCGGAUCUAUACUCUACCCCCAUCGAGGCCAAAGCAACACUUUUUGUAGAUGAGAGCUCCUUCCUACGCCCAGGAAAACCCCGUAUUGCUGGAUAUGCAAUAGUGACCCCUUCAGACGUCAUUGAGACUCAUUCCCUCCCCUUAGGAACCACAUCACAACAGGCUGAGUUAGUCGCCCUCACCCGGGCUCUCAAGUGGGCCAGGGACAAAACUGUCAACAUAUACACAGACUCAAAGUACGCUUUCCUUAUGGCACACUCCCAUUGUAUGAUCUGGAAAGAGAGAGGAUUCUUGACCACAAAGGGCACCCCGGUAGUUAACGGAAAACUUAUAGCGGAUUUUAUCUCAGCCAUCCAGCUUCCAAAGCAAGUUGCCGUCAUUCACUGUGGAGGACACCAAACCUCCGGGUCCCUAGUAGCCCUAGGUAAUGCUUUUGCAGACAGGACAGCCAGGGAGACAGCACAAACCUGCCCACCCCCAAAAGAAAUCUACUUCCUGUCACGCUGCUACAAACCCCAGUAUUCCAACUCUGAGCUCGAACUUUUACAGCAAAACCCUGGAGUGACCUUUAUGGAUGGAUGGGCCUUCAAUCACAACCUUCUGAUACUUCCUCAAGCACAAAAAACUGCCAUCAUAAAAGACAUCCAUGAUUCCCUUCAUAUUGGACCUAAAGCCCUGCUCCACUUCCUCCUAUCCAUAUUACAUCCAGAAGGGCUUCCCUCCCUUAUUCACCAGGUCCAUGCCCAAUGUCUCAUUUGUGAGAAGACCAACCCCCAAGGAGCCUGUCAUCUCCGUCAACAGCUCAACCAGUUGCGUGGAUCUUUACCAGGACAAGAUUGGCAAAUUGAUUUUACUCACAUGCCAAGACGCAGACAAUUUCGGUUCCUGUUAACCAUUGUUGAUACUUUUUCAGGCUGGAUCGAAGCUUUUCCCACCACUUCGGAGUCCGCUGACACUGUUGCUGCCCAUCUUAUCCAGGACAUCAUCCCUCGGUUUGGGCUUCCAGCCACUAUUCAGUCAGACAAUGGCCCGGCCUUUGUCUCCAAAGUUACUAACGCUGUCUGUGCUUCCUUAGGAAUUCAGUGGAAGCUGCAUGCGGCCUACCACCCCCAGUCAUCGGGUAAGGUAGAACGGGCUAACGGACUCAUCAAGGAUCAGCUUACCAAACUCUCUCUCGAGCUCAAGCAGUCGUGGGUCUCUUUACUACCGUUAGCUCUUACCAGGCUGCGGGCCCGCCCCCGAAGAGCCUCACAGCUCAGUCCAUUCGAGCUCCUAUACGGGCGACCCUUCCUGCUAUCCACUCCACCUUCUCCAGAGAGUUCCCCCCUGAACACCUACCUUCCCUAUUUUACUCUCCUCAGACAUCUACUCAGGGAACACGCCAAUGCUUCUAUACCCCAAACCUCAGAAAUUUCACCCGCUCUGGGAAAGGUUGCUCCCGGUGACUCUGUUUUCAUUAAAUCUCUCACUCCAAAACCCCUCUCACCCCGAUGGGAAGGGCCCUAUACUGUCAUUUUAGCUACCCCAACGGCCAUCAAAGUUGCCCAGAUUCCAUCUUGGGUCCAUCUCUCAAGAGUAAAAAAGUAUCCUGAUGGCCCUUCCAGUUCCCACUGGGAGUGUGUUCCUACUGGUCCUCUAUCACUUAAGCUCUUUAAGCCCUGAAUUGUCCCUAGCUAACCCACAGUAUGUCUGGAUAUUUUUUCUCACUGAAAAUAAUACCAAAACUACCGAGAUUUGCUCAACCCCUCCUUACUCUCAUAACCACCUCUUAACCACGACAGAUUGCCCCACCACAGGAUGUGCAUCCCCCAUCCAACUCAACUUCUCCACCCUUAACAACGUUCGCCGUACUCACCCAUUGCUAUGCUUUAACUAUAAACAGACAGGUGCUUGUAGGACCUCCAGUUGGCACUCUUGUAUGGGAUGUGUCUGGGGCUCCUGUCAGCGUGAGCCCACAGCUAACGAAUGGGAGCAGGGUGGCCACUUCCCUUCCCUCCUUAAGAGGACCACAAAAUUCGACUCAGAAGGCAAUCCCAGCAAAAAAACCCAACUUACUCUAACCAUCCCAGAUCCCUGGGACGAUAGAUGGCAAGCACCCCCAAAAGGCCUCAGUCUGUGAGUCCAGUUCCACAAGUUAUCGGUCCUCACACUUAUAUAUCUGGCGGGCGUAUGUCCUCACCUCUCCAGAGAUCCACAACACGAUCCAAGUGCAAGAAACUACAUUAAAAACUCAGCUAGCCCCUUUCUCGUGGUUAACCCUCAUGAAAGAAGGCCUAAAGCUUGCCAAUCAGACAGGGCUGACCAAUCUGACCUCUUGCCUCCUGUGUGCGACUCUUGGACAAACUCCUCUAGUCGCAGUCCCGACCAUGUUUCCUACAAACCACACCAACGGGACAGGCCGACACCCCACAAUCCCAGAUGUCCCACUCUUCUACCUCAACACUUCACUCUUUCCGGCCUGCUACUCUUCUCAGAGCUCAGACCCCACAUGCAACAAGACUCAACAACUCACAGCUAGUCUAACAGCUCCCCGAGGUUUUUACUUUUGGUGCAAUGGUACCCUUUCCAAACUACUAACCCAGUCUGACCUUAGAGGACAUUCCCGCUGUCUCCCUGUCACCUUGGUCCCACGCCUCACUGUCUAUUCACCGGCUGAGUUCCUUAUGAUGCACACUAGCAUGUCUUCCGCACGCCCCAGCUCCCAUCGUCAAAGAAGAGCUUCCUUUCUUCCCAUAGCUAUGGGGCUCUCCCUCGCAGGAUCUACAGCUGCUAUAGGCCUAGGAAGCGGGGCCCUGAUUAACACUCACCAGGCCCUAGCCCACCUUUCCUCACAGCUGCAAACUGCAAUUGAUGACUCUGCUGCCUCCCUAGCAUCUCUCCAACGACAGGUCACUUCGGUUGCCCAAGUAGCCCUAUAAAACCGAAGAGCUCUGGACCUGCUUACAGCUGAACGAGGAGGGACCUGCAUCUUCUUACAGGAAGAAUGUUGUUACUACGUCAAUGAAUCUGGGAUAGUAGAAACCCGCAUCGAAAAUCUCCAGAAAAUCAAGAUGGAGCUACAAAGUUACCAGUUUACCACUAAAGACAGCGCAUGGUGGUCGUCAUCCAUGUACACCCUCCUAUCCCCACUGAUAGGACCUCUGCUUAUCAUCUGUCUUUUCUUACUUGUUGCCCCUUGUUUCUUUCAGUUCUUGCAGCGCCGUUUCCAGGAGCUCACCCGGAUCACUAUCAACCAGAUGCUGCUACAACCAGUCCUCAGCCAUCCAGAUUGCGCAUAUGCCCCCCUACCAACCUCCCAGACUCCGUAAAGACCCCACUCCGCCCCUGUCCAGCAGGAAGUAGCCAGAUCGACUUCGCCGCCCUUUUCCUUUUUAAGGAGUCGGGAAUGUUUGGUAGAAAGUCCCAUCUACCCCCCUCCCCCCAGGCUUCCCGCCGCCCGGAAGAAAAUCCUCAGGCGCUGCUCUGUUCUGCCCGGCAACAACAAACAGCCAAUCAUCGCAGCAGAAAAGCCCGCCAAGCCUCGGCCUAUCCUGACCCGACACAUAACCCUCUGAGCUACCUCAGCAGUCUGCCCAGAGACGGACAGCCUAUCCUAAGCUCCCAUGACACUCCGCCAGCCCUGUGUCCACGCCCCGUCCACCCCCCCAUAAAACCCUCCUACCCCAGCUGCACAGUCGCAGCCAGCCCCAAUCUCCUUCCUUUCCUGGCCUGCCCGCUGGUCCCAAUAAACCUGAACUCGGCUUCCAACUCUCACUCGAGCUGUUACUUGGGAUCGGGUACCGGGCAGGGGUCUACAAGGGGGUCGCACACAGAGUAAUCUCUCAGAUAGCAGGCUUCAGAGAGAUAGCAGUUGAUAAGUGAAGAUCAGAAAUGUCAAGUGACUUGUCCAAGAUCACAUUAACAGCAAGUGCAGAUGCUGGGAAGAUUUAUAUUCGGGUCUUUCUGAUUCUAAAACUCCAUACUGAAUGCAGAUUAGUCCCCAAUUUACAAGCACCUGAAUUGUAAAGCCUUAUUCAAUCUAAAAAGGAACAAACAAAAUAACACCCACGUGAUCACAGAAAUCACCAGUCCAGUUGACCACAUGACUACAGGAUAUUCUUCGGCCAUCGAACCUCGCAUUUCCAUGUUUCUGGUACUUCAUGAAGAACAGAAAGCUUGUGCUUUUGCAAACUGCCUUCUGCUUGCUGAAGUAAAAUCCUUUAAAAAUAUAUUCUGUACUGUGGAAAUAUUUUCAUUGCCUUCUAUUGGUUUGUGUUUAUUUGUUUGUUCAUGCAUCUUUUAUAAGAUGAGGAGUACCUUGCCGCCAUGCUGUAUAAUUUUUUAAAUUAGCACAGGUUAAUUAUUUCUGAGUCACCCAGAAGUUCUGGAAAAAGAAAUGCCUUCAGCAAGUAAUGUCUGGCACCUUCUAGAGAAGAGUAUACAGAGGGACCAAGUGGAAGCCUCUUCCCACCUUUUUCUUCGCUAGGGCCUUCAACUUUUCCAUUCAAUCCCUUCCCUGCCUUAGUUCCUAGAAGCUUCUUUCAAAGUCUUUUCUCCAUGUUCAACUCUUGUUUCAUUUAUUAUAGUCUAUUUAGCACAGAGUAACCAAGGUGCUUCUUUUAAAGCAAAUUAAAUACAUCAACCACUUGUCCAAAAUCCUUCCAGAGCUUCCAAUUUCAGUUAGAAUAAAAUCCAAAGGCCUGGCCAUGAUCUCUGGGGCCCCACGUGAUCUGGCCUCUGCCUGCUUCCCCAUUACCUCUCUGACUCCCACACUGUGUCCACUCUGCCGCAGCCACACUGGCCUGCUGGCUCCUUUUUCACUU